GUCGUUAUCUGCGUGAAAUACCAUUUAUUUGUGUUGUCUCAUCAUACUCCAUCCUCGAGAAUUUACACAAGCCUUCUUCGUCAUCGGAGACACCGUUCGACGGUUACCAUGGUUACAACAUCACUUUGUGCUCAAUGUCACCACUUCUUGAGACAAACGUUGUGCGCGUAACAUGUUUUGAGGAGGCGUUCUUUGUGCCAUUGUUCAAUGAAGUAAAAACGAGAAAACGGAUAAAUGGACCGUGGGUCGAAGCGCAGGCAGGUGAAGCCUCUGGCUGCCUCUCUGCUGGAUGCCUUAGAUUAUGACAGCUCAGAUGACAGUGAUUUCGAAGUGGGAGACGCAGAUGCCUCAGGGUCAGAGGGUAGUGCCAUUGGGAGUGAUGAGGAGGAGGGGUCCAAGGAGGAGAGCGCUGCUGAGGACUCUGACAACGACAGCGACUCGGACAACAUCGGCUCUGCAACGGACGGCAUCAAUGAGGAACAGACCAAGGAGCUGACAGGUGACGACACCCCCACCGAGGAGAAGGAGAAGACCAAGGAACAGCAGCCGUCCUCUGACACUGGCACCACUACCACUAAAGACCCUGCUCCAUCAGGGGUGCCCAGGGGCCAACGGAGGAGAGAAGAGAAGGCUUCGGACACAGAGGCUGGGAGUGGAGGAAGCGGGAGUGGCACAGGUAGUGGUAAUGCGGAGGACGGCGGCUCAACAACGGCCGCCACACAGGAGCCCAAGAAGUGGAAUCUGCGUCGUAACCGCCCCAUGCUGGACUUCACCACCAUGGAAGAGCUCAACGAGAUGGACGACUACGACAGCGAAGAUGACAACGACUGGAGGCCCGCCGCCGGCAAGAAGAAAGCCAAGACGGCGGCUGCCCAGAAAGGAGGAAGCGAGGGAGAGGAGGAUGAGGAAGAUGACGACAGAGGGAGCGGUAGUGAUGAGGAUGACAAUGGUGGUGAUGAUGAUGAAGCUGAGAACGAAGAAGGGUGCAGUAGCGACAGUGAUAAAGAGGUGAAGAAACCCAAGAGGAAAGUGAAGAGCAGCAGUGUGUUUGACGAGGAGCUGACCAAUGACAGCAUGUCACAGGGAAAGAGCAACGAGGAAGCCCUGCUGGAGCGUGCCCAGACGUGGAGCGCGGCGGCCCAGAGGAUGGAACACAUCCUGAUCUGCUGUGUGUGUCUGGGAGACAACAGCGAGGACGCUGACGAGAUCAUCCAGUGUGACAACUGUGGUGUGACCGUACAUGAAGGUUGCUAUGGAGUGGACGGGGAGAGUGAUUCCAUCAUGAGUUCCGCCUCGGAGAACUCCACGGAACCGUGGUUCUGUGAUGCCUGCAAGAACGGAGUCAUGCCCAGCUGUGAGCUCUGCCCCAAUCAGGACGGGAUCUUCAAAGAGACUGACGCUGGGAGAUGGGUCCAUGUGGUUUGUGCGCUCUACGUCCCUGGAGUAGCAUUUGGGGACAUUGAUAAACUACGACCAGUGACUCUCACAGAGAUGAAUUACUCCAAGUAUGGGGCCAAGGAGUGCAGUUUCUGCGAGGACGCCCGGUUCGCCCGGACAGGCGUGUGUAUCAGCUGUGAUGCUGGCAUGUGCCGAUCCUAUUUCCAUGUGACCUGUGCUCAGAGGGACGGGCUUCUCUCCGAGGCAGCUGCGGAGGAGGACAUAGCCGAUCCCUUCUUUGCGUACUGUAAGCAGCAUGCGGACCGCUAUGACAGGAAGUGGAAGAGGAAGAACUACCUGGCGCUCCAGUCCUACUGCAAGGCGUCUCUACAGGACAAAGAGAAGCAGCUAGCCCCCGAGGCACAGAACCCCUGGCAGGCCCGUAUCACCACCCGGCUGCAGCAGUACCGGGCCAGGGCAGAGCUGUCCCGUAACACCCGGCCCCAGGCCUGGGUCCCCCGGGAGAAGCUGCCGCGACCCCUGACCUCCAGCGCCUCCGCCAUCAGGAAGCUCAUGAGGAAGGCUGAGCUCAUGGGCAUCAGCACGGACAUCUUCCCCGUAGAUACGUCAGACAUCAGCGCCAGUGUGGACGGACGCAGGAAACACAAGCAGCCCGCCCUCACUGCCGACUUUGUCAACUAUUACCUGGAGAGGAACAUGAGGAUGAUCCAAAUCCAGGACAAUAUCUCUGAACAGAAGAACCUGAAAGACAAUCUGGAGAGUGAGCAGGAGAAGCUGCAUGUCGACUACAACAAGCUGUGUGAGUCUCUGGAGGACCUGCAGAAUGUCAACGGUGUUCUGAGGAGUGAGGGCCAGGUCAUAUGGACCAUGCUGGGAGGAAUCCUAGGACAGAAACUGAACUCCCCGUCGGUCCUGAAAGCCCCUAAAGAGAGGAAGCCCAGCAAGAAGGAGGGAGGAGCUCCUGGGAAGUCCUCCAACCUACCAGCUGUCCUCUACAGCUGUGGGAUCUGUAAGAAGAACCAGGACCAGCAUCUCCUGCUCCUGUGUGACACCUGCAAGCUCUACUACCAUCUGGGCUGUCUGGAGCCUCCGCUGACACGCAUGCCCAAGAAGACCAAGAACAGCUACUGGCAAUGUUCAGAAUGUGACCAGGCCAGUAGCGACGAUGCCGACAUCGCCAUGGAGACACUGCCCGACGGCACCAAGAGGUCUCGGAGACAGAUUAAAGGACCAAUCAAAUUCAUCCCUCAGGAGAUGUCCCCGGAGGCCAAGAAACGAGAUGUGAGGGGCACGGUUAUUGUCCUGCUGAAAGGUGGAUUUGUCUCCCAGUGUCUAUUGGAAAGCAGACUCAACCAGAGAACCAGAGGGCAGAAGAGGAAGAGGGUGUCCAUCUGUGAAGAAGAGAAGUUUGAGGUGCAGGAACCGUCUCUACGGGAGCGGCGUCAGCGUCAGUCUGCGAUGCAGAAGAAGACACCUAAAGCAGAUGACACCAGGACCAACUGUACCUCCUGCAAAGGACCCGGGGACAACGAGAACCUCGUCAGGUGUGAUGAGUGUUGUCUGUGCUACCACUUUGGCUGUCUGGACCCUCCCCUGAAGAAGUCUCCCAAGCAGACAGGAUACGGCUGGAUUUGCCAGGAGUGUGACACUUCCUCCUCCAAGGAGGAAGAGGAGGAACGUGAGGAGGAACAUGAGGAGGACGAAGAGGACGAUUCUGUCAAAGAGGAAACGACAGAGCACGAAAUCCCAACUGAAAUUCCCAACUGAAACAAAAGCAACAGUGUGACCUUAUCUUGAGCACAAUAAUCAAAUGUUAGUGGUCAGCAGUCGGUCAGUGUCAUCAAUUCCACUUCAAAGAUCUGUAGGUAACAGGACAGUCUGUAGUGUCUCACAGUUUUACUGACAUUACUGCUCAUCUCUAGCCUGGUCCCAGAUCUGUUUGUGCUGUCUUGCAGCUAAUGACUACACAAGCAACAAGACGGCCCGAACAGAUCUGGGACCAGGCUAACUAAUCUUUUCUCCUCUGUAAGACAUGGUACAGAGCACAGAGGUACUAUCCACAUUAGUUUUGUAGCCAGAGGAACAGUAUAUUUUAGAGAACAGAAUGUAUUUGGUCAUCUUUUAGAGGGAAUAGUAUGUAUUUUCAAAAGGGACAGGGCUGAACCCUCACACUCGCUAGGGUAACUGGAGAUGAUGUCACUGACAUGUAGGUUUUAAAUAUACAAUCUAUAUAUAAAUAUACAAUCUAGAAUCUAUUCUAGGUUAUAUAUUCUAAAUAGUAUUUAUAUGGUUUGUAUAUAAGAGCUUCAUGAAAAAGUACAUCAAUGUAUUCUGACAGAGAAAGUUUUCAUUAAGUGGAGCCCAGUGAUAGCUUUAUGUUUUCAGGGGUAUCCGUCGUGGAUUUAAUUUGCAGCAGAGAUGAAAUCAAAUAAAUAUAAAACCCAAGGAAAGUGUCUGGUUGAACCAGACCAGUCAGACUGUUAAAGGAUAUGUACAGUUGAAGUCGGAAGUUUACAUACACUUAGGUUGGAGUCAUUAAAACUUGUUUUUCAACCACUCC